AUGUCAAACGAUCGCCAGGCAGCAGCUAAUCCAGAGCUCACAGACAAAUCCUUGAAAAAUAAAUUUCGAGGUUUCGCCGCAGGAAUGGCGUCUGGCAUUACAAAAUUAGCAGUGGGCCAUCCAUUCGACACUGUCAAGAUUCGUAUGCAGACGACAAGCAAAUCAGAUGGCAAAUUCAAAGGCCCAUUGGAUUGCUUUCUCAAGACAAUCCGACAAGAAGGCCCAAGAGCUUUGUACAAAGGUGCUACUCCACCACUUGUCGGCUGGAUGUUCAUGGACAGUAUCAUGCUGGGCACGUUGCAUAAUGCUCGAAUGAUCCAACAACAGUGGAAUGGAGAUAAGCCUCUCAGCAUAUUUCAGCAUGGUUUGGCAGGUUUGGCAGGAGGCAUUACAGUGUCCUUUGUCGCAACGCCAGUGGAACAAAUCAAAGCAAGAUUACAAGUGCAAUACGACGCUAAAUCGAAGACUUAUUCAGGUCCCAUUGAUUGCAUCCGGAAAGUGGUGCGAAAUAACGGUAUAUUUGGGCUGUGGCAAGGCUUGACACCUACUAUGCUAUUCCGUAGUUGGUUUUUCGUCUUCUGGAGCUCGUAUGAAGUCUUUACAACACAACUCAAAAAGACGAGUUUAACAGACGGCAGUAUUACCUUUAUUGCAGGCGGUCUUAGUGCCACUGCAUUUUGGAUAGGCGCGUUUCCAUCAGACAUGGUCAAGAAUCGCUACAUGACGCAACCAGAUGUAUCUCCUAAAAAGUUCCCCACGCCAACCUCCGUUGCACGUUAUGUAUACCAAACAGAAGGCCUCAAGGGCUUUUACAGAGGCUUCGUGCCUUCAUUUUUGCGUGCAUUCCCUACCAAUGCCUCUGCUGUAUUCAUGUUUGAGCUCGUCAUGAAGCUGCUAAGCACCAACAAAUUAGAAAAUGAGCCUCUUUAG